GGAGCGGCGGCCGCGUAGUAGCGCAUGCUGAAAGCCUCGCUAUCGAUCGAUCCGCACCCCCGAGAGCUUUCUCUCGCUUCUCCUCACAAGCCUCGCGAACGUCGCCACCGACCGCAACUGUUCCGUACGAGCGGAAUCGGCUUGCGAUCUCAUUUCCGCGCACGACUCCUCGUGUCCUCGCUCUUCCGCAUCCAUCGGCCGUCAAGGGUGCGGACCAGCGGACGUGCGGACAGCAAACAGCAACAGCAAACAGCGGCAGCGACAGCGGCAACGCCAUGGCACGUCGCGGCGAACACUCGAAGGCGAUUUUCCUGCUGUGGUGUGUCUCGGGCAUAGCGUUCAGUAUUCCCUUCCCUUCGUCGAUACCGGGACAAGUGGACGAGCAACGUUACACCACACGGAGGACGCCGAAAGUCUUCGUGGAGAUGCCUACUUCAAGGACGAGAUCGCCCUUGUCGAUAGUCAAUUCCGAACUUAAAACAACCACGACCAUGCCUACGACAACGCCGACCACGCACAGAUCCUUCUCGACGGAGCUGCCGCUGUAUCGACUAGACGGCAGCAACGGACAAGCCUGUAUUCUCCUGCAGGUGGACGCGCUCAUCCUCGUCAAGUAUCGCACGAUACGCGGCGACGAUCAAGAGGCGGACAUCUACGUGCCCGAGGACGCGACCGUGACCGGCAAUUGCGACAACGAGAACACGGUGACGAUGUCGUUGAAGUGGAAGGCCUUUGUACUAUCUUGGAGUUUCGCUAAGACCCCCGGUGGUGAGCGCUGGUACGUCGAGAAGAUCGAAUUGACCUACAACUCCAGCGAAAAACACUUCGAGCAUAUCGAGCAGCCAAAUAAGACCAUUCGGCUGAGCACCGGGCAGAAGCACAGCUCCAUGCUGUUUCCCACGCCGGUCGGGAAGUCGUACGCUUGCUCAGAUGAAACCGAAAUCCCGCUGACUGACGGCAAGAACCACGCCAGCGUGCUCCUCAGAAACAUGAAGCUGCAGCCGUUCAAGUUCAAGAACAACGAGUUCGCCGCCGAGUUCUCGUGCACCGCGUUGAGCGCUCGCGCUGGCAGGGAUGAAACCGCGCCGGUGGCAGUCGGUUCCACGCUGGCUGCUGCGGUCCUCUUGACGAUCACCGGCUACGCGGCCUAUCGAUACUUCAAAGUGAAGAAGGUCAAGUACGACACUAUGGAGUAAGCGGAGCCCGGGUCACUGUCUCAUGACGAUGCCAAAAGAGAACACGUAUCGCCAAAAAGGGAAAGAGGACAACGAAGGGAGGAUAAGGCAAAAACUGACCGUCGUUUUGCGAAUAGAGUUCGUAGAAUUUCCUUUCCGACACUUCGCGCUAGUUACGUCAUGCCGAGAAAAGUCCGAUCGCGUGUCAGACGUUUCCUCGCUGUCGGACGCGACUGAAUCGGCAGCUUUCCACUUGUUCGUAUCGAGUGGGACACGCGCGCGCGAGAUUAUCUACGAGGGACAAGUCGACUGAACCCCGGUUGAGUCACACGAAAUCCGGCGAUAUUUAGAGAAUAGGCUCCGCGUGUUUCAGAGUUCAAGUCAGGCGAGAUAUCAUUCUAGAAUCGUAGGUAGACUGACUACAUAUCUGACAGAUUCUACAUCAUAAACGUACUUAUCCACGCGAGGGAUACGUUUAGUAAGAAGUUCGCGAAGAGCGGUUUGUAUCGCGCGAAUCGGCCCGGAUCGGGCGUACCUGAAUUCUUCGAAGCCACUUUGAAGGAAGCAACAGUCACCUGAUGGUGUGUUGUUACAACAUCGACGAUCAGCGGCGCGAUUCCGUCGUCCGUACGACGGACCUGUGUCGUUGCUUUGAAAAAAUACCUUCUUGUCAGACUUCAGACAAUUACACAUCUCCGGACGUUACUUUCACACGGGUUGUCAUCUCUCAUUCUCGCGAGACUGUGUUUGUCGUUCGUAGAGGAGUCGGAACACAAGAGAGAGGCGGAACCGUCUUGAUAUUCGUAAUGCUCACCGCGAACGUCGUCUGUCGAUUUUAUAAUUAGAACCGCGUACUCUAAUGCGUAAUGAUAAAUACAGCGAGCUGGGGGGUGUCGUCGAUUCAUGCAGCGGGCAUGAAAGUCCGUCGGCUUCGCUGCUAGCGUACGCUGCGCGACACAUUUGUCAAUUGUGCACGCCGAAUGUCAACGACACACACACACACACACACACACACACACACACACAUUCGCAAUUUAAUGGAAAACGACAUCGUCGUAAUCGCAAACUCGGAUGGUUGUAUCGAUAGGCUUUUCUCAAUUCGUAGGUCCACGCGCCGUCAGACAACGCGCGCACGAUCACCGGCAGGAGAACAUUUUAAACUCGUUGUUACUCGUGUCGCCGUCGCAAGGAUUACAUUGAUUUCGAGGUCCUUGGAUUUUGCAGCAUUUUCUAGGAUACGCGCGCGCGAGAGAGAGAGAGAGAGAGAGAGAGAGGAAGAGGAAGAGAGAUACCCUUUAACGUCCUUUAACUCGUCUCGCGGAAUGUUUUGCAUCACGCGAUUUUGUAUCACGCGAUCGGACGAUUAGGAUUAAGUUGUCCUUUCUUCACGUAACUUGCGGGUGUGAUAGGUGCGCGUAAUAGUUUCUUGCUUUCCUCGAGAAAGUAAUACGACGUGCCGUCUGCGCGACCGUCACAACCUGUGGACACACACAUGUGGCGGCACAGCCACAUCGAUCAAUAAAUAAUUCAUAUCAAAAAUCCAAGCGAGGCUCUAAAUACGCCUCGGAGACGCGAGAAGGUCCUUCUUGGCAGCUAAAGAUUAGACGCGGCUAAUUAACGCGGGAGGCUAGAGGUAUAAUUAAAUGAGCGCGCAUGCAAGAUGUUGAUAUAGCAUUUCGAUGUGACGCCUUAUAAUUACUUGUACAUAGCGGUCGAGCUAUAAUUUACCGGCAGGUCGUUCGUCAUUUUUUACAAUCGAUUCAUUCGUUUCUCUCUCCGCUCUAUACUUUACCCCUUAUCGCGUUAGCCUCGUAAGCUCUCGAUUUGCGAAAACCAUCUAAGAGUCUAAGGUACUUAGCCUGUAAAUAUAGAAUUAAAGUCAGUUGAUAUCGUCGUUACUGUUACUGUUUGUGUCUUAAGUGGAAAUGAAUCGCGAUCCGAGUCCGACUCGCGAUUCAUUUUCAAACGUCACUCGCUUUUGAUUUUACGAUAGUAUACGAAGAAGUCGGCAAGCCGCGUAACACAUGUAUCUCUCGAGUAUGUUUUCUGAAAAAGUAUUCUCUCUCUUCGGGAUUCUUUCGGAUUCCUCGAAUAUAUCAAUCUCAGAGCAGCUGCGCAACCGAGCUCCGUGAUGAGAAGUAACGAGUUGGAAUCAUAAUUCUGCGUGUAGCGUUGCGCGACAUAUCGUGCAGGCACGCGAGGCUCGUCAUACGUAAUAUAUUAAAGAAAGACCCUCGAGAGCCGUUGCCUCGUGUUGGUCGCGGUAAUUUAAUCUAAUCUAACAACGGAUAUAAUUGGUAGAACGCGCCGCGGUUUUCCGCGGAUUUUCCGCCGCGGCGCUUCUACGUAACUCGGAGCGAGCCACUGCUAACGUCGGACCGAUUCACUUCCCUCGAUAAUAAUUAUAAUAUUGAAGUUUUAAUAUCACAUGUUCCUCCCCUCCCCCCCCCCCGCCCGGGCUUUGAGCAAAGACUAUUUUAGUUAGUGUUGCGAGAAAUAUUGCCCCGGCCAAAAGUCGAAUCUGCACUUGCCGUGUCGAGCUCAAUCGCCGAGGCUUCGAUGGCGUUUGUAAUCACGACCGACAUCGAGCGACGAGGUUCUCAGAGGUCUUCCUUUCUCAAUAUAUCGAUCGAAUAGAGCAAAAGGGUCAGUGUGAACAUUUAGAGCUCACAUCACACGUGUCGCGAGCGAAGUCUACUACAUCGCACAAGCACGAGAACGAUUUCCGACGUGAUUGCUGUGGAGACACAAGCAAACACGCGUGUUUCUUCCGAUUGAUCUCCCCCCGCGAAAAGAAACUUUUCCACUCUGCGCAAAUACAUCUGCGGAGCUUCGUGGAAAUUCGCGAGUGAGUUGAUUCCGAUCCACCUCGACGAGACGUGCCGCGGCGUGAUGACAUGUCUGCUCAUCCGGACUCGUCUCGGAUCUGCGCGAACUUUCGUUGAAAUUCUAUUACGUGUUUCGGUUACACUUAGAUAAGGUGUAUCACUGGCUGGAUGGACGUGAGGAGGAUUGAGGAGGAAGCGACGAGAAGCAGUUCAUUUAUAUACCGGGGAUAGCUGAUCGCUGGCGAUGGCGCGCGAUAAAUAAAUAAUAAUUACGGGGAUGGCGAGUUAUGGAGUUACCUAAGUGUAUGAGGCGUACGUGUCGGUGCGUGCAUGUGUAUAAAAUUAUACACUCAUACGCGCUUACAUGUACACCAUAUAAAUAUAAAUAUAAAUAUAAAUAUAUAUACACUGACGAGAAAGGUUUGUCGUUAACAACAAAACACCAGCAACCGCAGUAGCAGAUGGUUACGGCGAAUGACUCCGUUGUGGUGACAAAUGAUUUGUUGCUCUGACCGACAAUUUUGUGAUGGGAACAAAUGGCUGUUGCAUCUCCGGCAAUGUGUGUGUGUGUGUGUGUGUGUGUGUGUGUGUGUGUGUAUACUUGUCAAAAAUUACAAAUAACGACAAACGAUUUGUCGCGUCAACUGUUCCCGACCUGUUCCCCGCGCAAUUGUCAAACAGCAAACGUUCGUUUGUUGCGACGACGGGAGUCUCUUUCUCAGUGUGUACACACAGAUACAUACAAGGAGAAAGUAAGGGAGAGAUACUUACGUUAUAUAUCGAUAUAUGCAUAUAACAUAUAUAAACCUCUGUCUUCCAAGUGCAUAUUAAAGUUACUUCAUGUGUAAAUAUAUAUUUACGAAUAUCGUAAUAUCGUAUAUCUCCGAGACGUGUCGUCACUGGUCGGCUGGUAAAUGUGGCCGGCAGUGUUGUGUGCGAGUAUCGUGACGAUUCAUGAGAUCUCGGUGAGAGACUCGAAGAUUCCCUCGUCACGAAAGUUCUUCGUUACCUCGAGAGCGAUAAGAGCGAUUAACGCGAUUCUUCCUCAGCCGAGUAGCAGGGAAAGGAAAUUUUACACGUGCGUGAAGGCAGGGGGGAUUGAUCUGUUUGCCAGACGGCGCAUUUUAUCUGUCUGUCUGUCUCUCAUUGUACAAAGGAUUUCCGUGGAGCACCUCCGUUUAUUAUUCGAUUUCCUUGUUCAAUUUACCCCGUCGUUGUGAGUCUCCUUCUUAGAUUUCUUAGUGACGCUCUCCAAGACCUAAGUGGGGUUUCGGGGAAGGAUCGAGUGAAAACGUCACGCGUGCUCGCGUCACCGUGAGCUAAUUACUAAAAUGAGAGAGAGAGAGAGAGAGA